AUGUUGCCUAAACUUUCUAAAUGCUUCAGCUUCACGGCUUCCAGAGACUGGUUAUACCGUCAUUCCUUCGUCGUUGCCGGCCUCCGUUCCGUCAUCACCGACCUCGGUGACGGAACCACCAUGCAUUGCUGGGUACCCAAAUUGCACAAGCCAUGCAAACCCACUCUUGUUCUCGUUCACGGUUUUGGUGCCAAUGCAAUGUGGCAAUACGGUGAUCACCUUCGCCACUUCAUCACGCGUUUCAAUGUGUAUGUGCCGGACCUUCUCUUCUUCGGCGAGUCCUUCACGUCACGGCCGGAGAGGACCGAGUCUUUUCAGGCAAUGUGCUUGAAGAAUCUGAUGGAAGCUCAUGGGGUGAAUAGAAUGAGCUUGGUUGGGAUCAGCUAUGGUGGGUUUGUGGGGUACAGUGUGGCUGCUCAGUUCCCUGAGGUGGUGGAGAGGUUGGUGUUGUGUUGUGCUGGUGUUUGUUUGGAGGAGAGCGACAUGAAAAAUGGGUUGUUUAAGGUUUCCACUUUGGAUGAGGCUUCUAGCAUCUUGCUGCCACAAACCCCUGAUAAGCUUAGGGAAUUGAUGAGGUUAUCGUUUGUGAGGCCUGCUAGGGGUGUGCCUUCUUGGUUCCUGCAAGAUUUCAUUCAAGUGAUGUGUACAGAUUACAUUGAGCAGAAGAGAGAAUUGCUUGAGGCAAUACUAAAAGGUCGACAACUUUCCAAUCUUCCUACGAUCAAACAGCCCACUCUAAUUGUGUGGGGAGAGCAAGAUCAGAUAUUUCCUCUGGAAUUAGGCCACAGGUUAAAAAGGCAUAUAGGGGAAAAUGCGGAAAUUGAAGUGAUUAAGAAUGCAGGGCACGCAAUGAACCUAGAAAAGCCCAAAGAGUUUGCCAGGCAGUUGAAGUCAUUCCUUGUUGAUGCAGACUCAUGUCCCUCCCCACCACUUUCUUUCAGGGAGCAAAUCCAGAAGACAUUUUCCUUUGAUUUCAGUAAGUCAUAG